AUAAAAAAUGAACAAUGAAUCUAAUUUAUCAAUCGACUCAGUUGAAUUUAAAUUAUUAAAGUCAGUACUCAAAAUACCAGAAGCUCCUAAAGUCAGUAUAAAUGAUCCGGAAUUUGAAAACCUAACGGAAGCUGAAAAACUUAAUGACAGUCAGUAUCGGUGUCUGAUUUAUCAGUUAUAUCCAAACGAACCGACAUGUGGGUGCCCCUCGCUGGCUACGAAUGCGGAACGAUCUGCUGGUUACUGUAAUAGCAACAGUAAAACUGUGAAUAUCGAUAACUAUAAUCGCAAAUCCACUGUACUCCAAGCGGACUUCCCUGUUUGUCGUGGUGGUUGCACAAGUUCAUGCUGUUCAAGUGCGUGGAUGACUAGGUGGCGACAACGACAACAACAAGAGCAACAGGGACAGCAGAAUACGCGAUUUGAAACCCCAAGUACUGUUGAAGAAAAAGAAAAAAAUUUAAACAAUGGUAACGAUGACAAGGUACCACACUUUAUGUCGAGCUAUUGUGUUGAAAAUCAACGAAGCAAUGAACUUUACAAUAGUACCUACUGUUCAGACGAGAGAAUUAGAGGCGGCGGUGGCAGUGCCAGAGAAGAAGAACCUGGUCAAGGAGACAAAGGCAGAGCUAGAGGUGUCGAGGAAGUGAAAACUUGUCAGUGCCCAGGUCUUGCACGAAAUGAAUUCCCAAAGAAUUCCAGAUAUCCCAUGAGGUAUGACGAUAUUAAAAAAACUAAUGAAAUUAAAACUUAUUAUUUAUCAUCGCAGUUUAAAAAUAAGUACCCAGAAUCCCGUAACAAUCGAGUUAAUAAAUUUAAUUUGCCAGAUGAUUGUUACUAUCCGGAAAAAGAUAUUUUAAAUUCACGUAAGAAUCAUUCGGAGAUGUGUACGAGAAAAAUGUGUCCACACAUUGACUGUCUCACACGGGCACUCGAAGAAGCUAAGGAAUUUGUUGAUUCACUUGGUAAGGUACCGGGUUUGCCGGGUUUGGGCUUAAUGGAUCCUUCAGCGAGUCCUUAUUAUCGUGCUCCGCGAGAGUAUGAAAAAAUUAAAGAUGAAUUGCAACAAGAAGACUCACAAGACUUGGGAGCUGUAAAUCCUCGAUGCGGUGGACCUUGCAAUCCAGGUAUCAAAUCAACGUCAACGUCGCCGUGGACUAAGGCUACGCCUUUUACUAUCGCUGUGCCAGGUAGAGGUGGAAUUGUUCGCGAAGCAAUUGUACCUGAUUCUAAUCAUAUUAACAAAGAUAAAGAUAAUGAUGAAUUAAAUGUGGCUGAUGUGAUUGGUCCUUGUGGUGAACGCCAGUGUAAAGCGAAACGUAAAAAAAUUCAUCGUGAGAGCGCUGUUGUUGAAAGUGUUAAUAUGCCUGUAGAAUAUGUUGAUGAACGUAAGAAGAAAAGUUAUUUGAUGAGAGAUAGCAAUAGGAGGAAGUAUAAAUUUAAUAGACAGAAAAUUUAUCAUGCGGGUCCGAGAGGCGAUGGGUUUAAGAAGGAGAAGAAGAGGAAGAUUAAGAAAAAAGUAAGAGUUUAUUUGGCAAGUCGUUCGUACUCGGGUUUCGUUUACGGACACAAAAAUUGUAAUGAUCGGUUGGGAAGAGUUCCAGCUCACAUGGGAUGGUUUUGGACACAGUAUCAACCUACUGGUAGAUUGAAACCACGAAAUGGUUGGAGACCCGGUGCUAUUUCACGGCGAAUUCGUGAAAUGAUCCAGCAGGCCAAAGUUGGAUUGAUGGAGAAACGGAACCGGCCUGCAUCGGUACCGUCUAGUGUCCGAAGUGUAAAGAAGCUGAAGACCAAGAGCUCGACUUCGUUGAGAAAAAAACCCUCCAAGAAAUUUAAUUUCAAGGAGGACGAUUUCAAAACACCUCCGACGCUUUAUAUACAAAGAAGAGACGGCAUUUAUUAUUUUACAAUGUAUCCAGUAAAACAGGAAAGUGAAAAUACGCCUGUUCUAGAAGAACCUAUGAAACCUCUGCAGUUUAAGAUUGCUCCGAAUAAAGACGACGCUUCAGGUGCCACGAGCUCGGUGGCUUCGGAUAUGGAUAUUGAAUUUUCACCUCCUGCGGCUCUUAAUCGGUCUAGAAAAAAACCAGACGUUGUUCAUGUUGAUACUCAAGUUAGACAGCAAGAAAUUUUAGAUGCCUUCAAGCCGUUAGUUCCGGAGGUUAAGAAAGUUAAGCCGCGUAAAAGUGUAAAGAAAAAAAAAAGUAAAUAAUUAAUAAAUCAUUUGUAUAAAAACCGAAAAAUAAUAAUAAUUUUUCUAUGAAAAAUCAAAAUAAAAUUUUCAUAAAACUAAAAAAUCAUUUUUCAUUAAAAG